CUGUCAUAGGCCUCUGGUAGCCAUCUUGGGAUAGGGCCUUGGGAUAGGGCCCCCUGGAGGCUGAGCCCAGAGCUGGGAAUCCCCAAGUGAGGGUUCCAUCCCCUUUCUGCGGCCCUCAGGAGCAAAGACAGAGAAGAGGAGAGAGGGGAAAAACCAGACAGGCUGCUGGCAAGCUGGGGGAGAGAGCACCACUGGCUCUGUGCCAGAAGAGCCUUUUUGGUGACCUGUGUAAAAGAGUUACAAAAUGUCUUACAACGUGACUCUCAAUGGACCUGGACCAUGGGGUUUCCGACUGCAAGGGGGAAAGGACUUCAACAUGCCCUUGACCAUAUCCAGAAUCACCCCUGGCAGCAAAGCAGCCCAAUCACACAUGAACCAGGGGGACCUUGUGGUAACCAUUGAUGGAGUCAACACAGAUGGCAUGACCCACUUAGAGGCCCAGAACAAGAUCAAAUCAGCCAGCUACAACCUGAGCCUUACCCUUCAAAAAUCUAAACGCCCAGCUCCAGUUCCAACAGCCACACCUAAAGUUGACUCUCCCAGGCCUGUAAUUCCCCAUCAGAAGGACCCUGCUUUGGAAGUCAGUGGCAACAGAACAAUCUUCAGUCCUCUAACUAGCACAGCGACUGGGCCUUUGGGUAGUAUAUUAGCCACCAAUGGAACAUUUUCAGGCUACCUCAGCAAGCAGGAGAUCAGCUGUUCAAAUAGCUCUUCCUUCUUAAAGACUACUGCAGUUAGAACUUCCAUGGCCUCUCUGUCUGUGACACCUGACAUUUCACCUGCAAAGAGUGACCUAGGUUCAAAACUAAGCCCUGUGUUCACUGAUGGCAGUAGUCCUAAACACCAGCUGAGCCCUGCAAGGCAGUAUAACAACCCCAUUGGCCUUUACUCAGCAGAGACUCUAAAGGAAAUGGUUGAGAUGCAUAAAUUAAGUCUCAAACGAAGGGCUUCAGAAGGUGGACUUCCUAGAGGACAUGAUCUCCUAUUCAUGAUCCAGAGGGAUGGGGCAAGAAGGAGGGCAAAGGUCAUAGCCAACACUGCUGCCAACACUGAGUAUGUGGAACGCUUCAACCCUAAUGUCCUGAAGGACUCUGCCCUGUCUACACACAAGCCCAUUGAGGUGAAAGGCCCAGGUGGCAAGGCCACUAUAAUUCAUGCCCAGUAUAACACCCCGAUCAGCAUGUAUUCCCAGGAUGCUAUCAUGGAUGCCAUCGCUGGCCAGGCACAGGCCCAAGGUGGUGAACUUGCUGGUGAAUCUCCAUUGGCUAGCCUUCCUGUUAAAGAUCCUCACAUAGACAGUGCCUCUCCAGUGUAUCAGGCUGUGCUUAAAACUCAGAACAAGUCUGAGGAUGAGCUUGAUGACUGGACUCGCCGUUCUGCCAAUCUGCAGUCCAAGUCUUUCCGCAUCCUCGCCCAGAUGACAGGAACGGAGUACAUGCAAGACCCGGAUGAAGAAGCCCUGAGGAGAUCAAGUACCCCUGUUGAGCAUGCGCCAGUGUCUACCAGCUCUGCCUCUGUUCCUGUACCAGUUGCUUCAGCCAAUCAGCCUGCUACUGCUACUCAAAACACGUCCAAUCAGAUGACACCACCAUCAGCCACUCCUAUCUCUGUAGUGCAAGAUUCCUUCUCUUCCUCUUUCCAAAGAGUGCUUGCAGGCCCCAGCUCUCUGUCACAGCCUAAACCUUUCCCUGGGUCCAAGAACAUGUCACUAGCAGCUUCCACUGUUUCGUCUGCUAUCUCUGCUCAGUCUAGCUUCAACCGGCAUUCUUCCACCUCCAUCAGCUACCAGUCAAAAAAGAGAGGUACGGGCCAGUCCUAUACAUCAACACCGGUUUUCCAGGGUACCGCUCCUUCCUCAGGCUACAGUGAAAGUCCAGUUCCUGCUCCAAAACCAAGAGUUGUCACUACUGCUAGCAUAAGGCCCUCUGUCUACCAGCCAGCACCAGCACCAGUGCAUUCUUAUACACCAGGGAAGGCUGAUCCUUCGUGCCGCCCUCCUUGGGUAACAGAUGACUCCUUUUCCCAGAAAUUUGCACCUGGAAAAACCACCACCUCCGUUACCAAACAUACCCUACCACGGGGUGCUCCGGCACCAUCUCCUGCCUCAACUUCAGCCUACUCGUCUCCUUCAAUAUCAGCCUCUUCCCAGACUCCUGCUGUAGCCAGGGGAACAAUUCAAAGGGCUGAGCGUUUCCCAGCCAGCAACCGAACUCCUCUUUGCGGACACUGUAACAGCAUAAUUCGGGGUCCUUUCCUGGUAGCCAUGGGCCGUUCCUGGCACCCAGAGGAGUUCAAUUGUGCUUACUGCAAGACAUCUUUAGCGGAUGUGUGCUUUGUGGAGGAGCAGAACAGUGUGUACUGUGAGCGCUGUUAUGAGCAGUUCUUUGCACCAACCUGUGCCAGAUGCAACACCAAGAUCAUGGGGGAAGUGAUGCAUGCUUUAAGGCAGACUUGGCACACAACUUGCUUUGUCUGUGCUGCCUGUAAGAAACCGUUUGGGAAUAGCCUCUUCCACAUGGAGGAUGGGGAGCCCUACUGUGAGAAAGAUUACAUUGCUUUGUUCAGCACAAAAUGCCAUGGCUGUGAUUUUCCUGUUGAAGCAGGAGAUAAAUUCAUUGAAGCCCUUGGACACACUUGGCAUGAUACCUGCUUUAUUUGUGCUGUGUGCCAUGUGAAUUUGGAAGGUCAGCCAUUUUACUCCAAGAAGGAUAAGCCACUGUGCAAGAAACAUGCUCAUGCCAUCAAUGUCUAAAAGAAGACCUCGAAGUCAAUGGCACUGGGAGAAAAUUGGCAACUAACUGAGAAAUUGCAAAAAGGAUAACCCCAACUGACAUUUCUCAUUGAGGGGAGGGGAGGAAGGCUAGGAAGCUACUGAACACUUCUGAAGUAUAAUUUUAAUCACUUUUAUAUUUGCAGAACAUCUUUUUGCAUGGUCCAUACAGAAAGCUGAAUGAACACUCAACGGCAAAUUGGUCAAUCCGAGUCAAAUAUUACUGCAAAAGUUAGAACAAAAAUUAAAGGGAUUAAAAUUAAUUUUAAAAAAUGUUUUAUGUAAAAAUAAGUAAUAGAAAUACCCAGACCAGCCUUAGAGCUGAGACCAUACACUAGUGUUUAAAAUCAAUUGAAAAAUCAUUCUUGAAAUUUGUUACAAGAAAAUAUUAAGUGCCAGAAUAUUAAUUGUAAAAGAAUUUAUAGAAUCUUAGCUUUCAAAUUAAGAUAAGUAGAUCAGAAUUUCCUCACCAAAAAGGAAGCUUUAUUCCAUUAUUUAUGUCAUGGUGCUACCUCCAAGCAUCAAUUUUUUUGACUUUUGAAUGAACGAGAGGCAUCCCAUAGGUCAGGGGUUCUCAACCUUUUCCUUUCUCAGACCUCCCUGACCCCAAUAUGCUAUAAAAACUCCACGGCCCAUCUGGGCCACAACAACAGUUUUUCUGCAUAUAAAAGCCAGGGCCGGCAUUAGGGUGUAGCAAGCAGGGCAGUUGCCUGAGGCCACACGCCACAGGGGGCCCCAUGAAGCUAAGUUGCUCGAGCUUCAGCUUCAGCCCAGAGUGGCAGGGCUUGGAGCAGCGAUGCUUCGGCUUUCUGCCCUGGGCCCCAGUGAGUCUAUUGCCAGCCCUGCUUGGCAGACCCCCGAAACCUGCUCGUGGCCCCCCAAGGGGCCUCACACCCUGGUUGAGAACUGCUGCCAUAGGCUUUCCCAAACAAGAAGUUUGUCUUGAAUCCUAAUAGAACUACCAUGCUAAGAAGGAGACAGUGAGUGACCGAAAGUUUGGGAAUCAGAAUAAAAAUUCAAUGAUGCUAAGCCCUUCCACCCACCCCCAACAGCAUUGAGACAAAGUUUUCAGUUAAACCUUGAUCAGUGCAUGUGGCCUUGUGCAUGCACAAUGGAUUAUUUCAUUUUCUAAUCAGAGUAGAAAAAGGGAACUGGCUUUCUCUAAUUUUCUCUUAUAUGAAAUGGGCAGGGGGUGGUUGGAAAGGAUCCAGGUUGUGUUUCUAGUCAAAGCUGAUUCAUCUUUCCAUUUGUCCUGUGAAUGGAAAACAUCUAGUUACUACUUUUUUAACACUGCAGACCCAGCCUCCAUUUAGCACAGCUAGGAAGGGUAAGAGUGGAAAAUAGCCUGGGAAGGUUCUCGACUCAAUCCCAAAUCCUUGGAAAAGGGGCACCCUUUUUUCUUCCUAUUAAUGUUAAUGAAAACUGAUAAAACACUUCAUAGAGCAGCACGAAAUCACAGGCACAUGCUCUUAUUACUGUGAUUAUUUUCUGUCAACGCAACACAUCCCAAGUGUGGUUGUGGUUGCUGCUGUAAGAAGAUACAUAGGCUCUUACACAUAAGAUAGGGUUAAUAUAUCACCUGUUCUAAUAUUUUAAAAUCAUCUGACACGUUCUUGCAAGUAUUUUUAAAAGCUUAUAUAUUCUUGUGAAAGGCAGCAACGAUUUAUAGGACUGACAUUAGCUUUGGAUUUUAAAAUUUAAAUAUCAGCGAUAGUUUUGUAUGUGAGACAGUAGUUUAUUGCUGUUCAGCAGUGAAAGAUAAUCAUACUUAAGGACAGAAAGUUCCAUCACUCUUCAAGUUUUCAGCUAUUUAUUUUUGAGCGAGCAUUCUGAUUCUAUAGUGAUUGACAGCAUACCGUAUUGACAAUGUUAAGUCAAUAUUUCUCAGACUCCAGCUACCCAAGGAUGUAAUGUAUGGGCCCUAUUUUAAUGCCACCAGCACCCCAGUGUGUCUUGAAUUUUUGCACAGUCUAAAUAUAAAAGUGGAUCAUUUGGUGGCUGUCUUUUCCCUCCUAAAAUUCUAUGCCCAUUUUACAAAACAUGCCAUAUUUUCUUAGAGGAUGAAGAGCAUAUCCAGUUGGUGGUAGGAGGGUCAAAAUAAAAGGAACUUUUAUCUCUAGUAUGCAAGUUUCUAGUAUGCUAAUUACCCUCAAAUAUCCUGAAAAAAAAUAGUGCCUAGGUUAAAACUGUCCUCUGGCAGCCCCGAGUUGUAUGACCUGUAUUUAUGCCACAGAGAAUCUUGUUUUCACAGAUCUUAGCAUUUUCACAAGGGUCAGAUUUUUACAUAGAUGAAGUGUAUUCUUAAACAGUUUUGCUAACAUAUUAGGUGCAAAUAUUUUUUUUCUAUAGUAGGCAAUUCUUUUUCCAUUUAUUGGCUUGAUCUUCAGCUGGUGUAAAUCAGCAUAACACCACUGACUACUCCUGCCAAGGAUCUGGCUCAUUGCAUUCUCCAACAGGAUAAGAUACAAUUAAUUGAAAAAACACACCUCAUUUUCCGUUCAUGUUCGAUUUCUGUUCCCAAGACACUGAUGCAGUGUUCUUGCAUCUACCAGUGUUGCUUUUCAAAAAUUGCAAGACCUUUCAAGACUUUAGUGCCAUUUUACAAAUGAUAGUGUUUAUCACUCUUCAUUACUUAGCAGUAGAAUUAGUAGCAGGAUCUAUGGUACACUAUGGAUAGACAACAUUGCAGCAGCUCUGUCGGGUGGUUUUUGUGUAUUGCCUACUGGCAGGGAUUAGCGUCUAGGAUGAUGUCUAUGCUACAAGCAGUACAGCAGCACAGCUGCAGUGCUGCAGCUACACUGUUGUAAUGCUGUAGUAUAGACAUUUAUUUUAGCAAUGGAAGGGGGGUUUCCAUCACUGUAGUAGAUCCACCCUUUUGAGAGGUGGUAGCUAGGUCAACAGAAGAACCUUCCGUUUAUCUAGCUGCAGCUACAGUGAAGGUUAGGUUGACCUAACGUCACACAGGGCGUAAACUUUUUCACAGCCCUGAGUGAUAUAGCUAGGUCAACCUGUUUUUGUUAGAGACCAGCCUAAGCAGUAGCAAACAAUACAUUUCCUAUUUUGACCUACAUUGCUUUCUAAUAUGAUCCAAAAAUAAGGAAUCCAGUUACCCACACUUGAAAUCUAUAUUUAGACACCUUUUUUGCACAAACCUCAGCCAGAAGCUGGUGCACGGUAGUGUACUAUUUUGAAUCUCUUUUAUGUAAAAUACUAUGUAAUCAACUUGAGUAAUCAACACUCCUAGGACAAAUAAGAUACAUAUGCAUAACUUAGAAUAGGACCCUUACAUUAUAUAUCACUAUUGUAACUGCUGCAGAAAAACAUAAUUUUCAGGUUGAAUAAUGUGUAUUAUUGUUUAUGUCUUGUAACAAUUACCUGGGAUUAAGUCAUAAGACUUCCUAAAGUAAUCUUUUCAUUCUAAUUCACAUGAGAAAUUUUGCCUAGAAGACAAAAAUACUGUACCUCUGAAUGGCCAAAUGAUAAAACUCUACAAGAAUUAUGUUUUUUAUCAAAAGAUUUGCAAAAGAACCCAUCUUAAGUCUAAUUAAAAAUAGUCUUUAAUCUCUAUGCAGCUGAAAGUUCAAAAAAUAAGCUUAAGACUGGUUAUAUUGUUUUUUCUUUUUCUAUUUAAUUGUAGCAUAGAAAGUAAAUUAAACACUUCAAAAGAAAACUUCACUGUAACUGUUGAAAAAUUCUCUCAACUUCUUAAAAUAACGGUUGGUUUUUUGGUUCAUCAGAUUCACACAGACAGAAAGAAAUUCAACCAAAAUAAGAAAAAUCAUUUAAGUUUGGUCCUUCAGUGGUCAGUAACAUGGGUGAAAUGUUUUAUUUAAGGUUAUUUCUUUUUAUAUUUAAUAAUGUGAAUGUCUACAGCACUAAACACACUUAUUAGUGUCUAAUGCUGGACAGUACAAUGUUUAUUUGCAAUACUUGUCUCCUAGUAGUAGACAUUAAUUUGUUUAGUAUUUAUAAAUGGUUACAUUUGCAACUGAGUGAUUUAAUGCCUGCAGCGAUCAUGCUAGGAGUCUAGCUUUUAUAAUAUACUGAAAUGUUGACUUUACACCACAAGUGCCCUUGGUUUUAGAUUUUUUUAAAGUCUCUAGUUAUUAGUUCAGAAACAGAUUGUAGUGUGGAUUUUGAGGUGUGAGUGAACAUAUCUUGCAUGGAUUAUCUGUGCCAAUAUUCUAGCAAUAAAAGGGAUGUGCAAAUACAUUUAGAGCUUUAUGUUUUGGAUAUAUUUAUUAAUAUGGUUUUUCAGCAGUUGACAGCUUUCAGCCAAGAAAUGCUAGUUAGGAGACAUAAGUAAAUUUAUAUUUUCUAUGUCAGAGCCUUAAGAUUUAAAAAAAUUGAUUGGUUCAGCCUUCCAUUGCUGCAUAGCAAUACUGAACAUGCUGGUAAGUAAAUUGCAGUUUGUAAACAAACAAGUGUGAGUAUAUUCAAAAGAUGUAGUGACUAGAAGUUGUAACUGGGCAAGACUUGUAAAUUUACAGGCCUUAUCGUGUCAGCAGAUGUUACUUAAAAUAACCUGAUAAGCAAGAGGCAAAUUUUGUCCUCAGUUACAAAGGUCAGAACUGAUUUACAUUGGUGUAAUUGAGGGCAAAGUUUGGCCCCAACUAGGCAGGUUUUUAUUCUUUUGUUUCUAACCAGAAAUGGUUUUUUAGACUAUUCAAAAAAGAUCUAACCCAUCUGAUUUAACUCUACUGCCAUGACAGACUGGCAAAUAAUAAAUAAAUCUUCAGAUAAUAUUGUGGUUUAUUAAAACAGGCUUUUUUGCACAUUAUUACCCCCCUCCCCUCAAAAUGCACAGUUUUAAAGCGACAUAGCUAUAGCUAAUCAUUAAACUUGAUCAAAACAUAUAUAUGAAACAGUAAAGGGACAGACGGCUUUAAAUGCCAUUAAUGAGUUCCACAUCAGGAAGUGAAGCUCCAUACACUUUCAUUUUAUUUUACAGACAUAACUGUUUACAACUUAUGUGUGGAAAAAAAUUAGAGCUAGUUAAACUGAAAUUAAAAUUUACUGGAAAAUGAGUCUACAGAAUGAGCAGAAGUUACACAAUUUACCUUUAUAUCAGAAUCACUAUCUAAUUAUUUCUAUCUUGACCUUUUCCCGUUUGCAUUAAUUGAUUCUUAAUGGAAGAGAAAUUGUGCUUUGUCUGCUCUAAAGAUGGUCUAUAGUUUCAAAUCUGGGGUUUUUCUUUGUAAAUCAUAAAGUCUUCAACUCAACCAGAGACACUGGUGACUAACUAAGAAAGAAAAAGAGGAGCUGUGAAAAAAUUGCCGCCAGCCACCCUUGGAUACACAAUGAAAUGCUUUGUUCUCCUGGCCAAAUCAGAGAGCUAUGGCUGAGACUGAGAUUAGAGAUAGGCUGAAAUUCCCUGCUUUAAGCCUAUAAAGCAUGUCUUUAGACAUCUAUAAAGGUGAAGUCCUCACUUCUCUGAGGAAGAACUGAGAGAAAACAUUAGAUACACUAACAAACUUGUUGCAUUACAGACUAAAUUGUAAAGAAUUCUAACAUUAUUUCCCCCAACUUUUUGUAGUAACAAAUGUCACAUGUACAGCUCAAUCCUUAAGACCGCCUUGCUAUUUUGUUGACAGAGGGAUUCCUCAUCUUUCUCUGGCAUGUGUUUAGCCCCGUAAAAGGAGUGUGUGUCCAAUGAGCUGCAAGGAUCUCAGGACACCUGCAUAGGACAGGAUUCUGUGUAUGGAGCUAUAAUACAUGUAACAGCAGGAGCUGUGUUAUCAGCCCAUGCUCCACAAAAUCUUCCUCUGAUGGAUUUUCCAGGUGUACUGCUCUAAUUGGACAUUUGUCUGGACCCAAGGAAAGCAUGCCACAAAGAUUGGCUGCUUCCCAACUCUUCAUUACAUGAACCUCAGGGCCUUGGAGCCUCUGUGAAGUGGUGGGGCCUCCAUGCUGUGAGGGACCAGGGAAGCAUGCAGGAAAGCCAUUGCUAUACCCUCAUUACUCUUUUGGGGUCUUCUCUGGGAUAUUUUGCUUUCCUCUAUACUGUGCUGCAAAGGAAAGAAUUCAGAGUAGCAGCAGUGUUAGUCUGUAUCCGCAAAAAGAAAGGAGUACUUGUGGCACCUUAGAGCUCACGAAAGCUUAUGCUCAAAUAUGUUUGUUAGUCUCUAAGAUGCCACAAGUCCUCCUUUUCUUUUUUUAGAGGAAAGGAAUGUGGCCCUCAGUCCUUCCUCUAACAGAACGCCUCUUAAUAUCCAUAGUAGUUUUGCCCAAGUAAUGACUUUCAGAUUGGCCUGCAGACUUUUUUAGGUAGUAAUGACAACCAGAAAUAAAAAAUGCCUUCAUAAGAGAAAAGAUUCUUCCAAAUUUCCACAGAUUUUAAUUUUCAGGAAGGAAUUGAUUCAUCUGCAGAAAAAAGAAUCAUUAUUAAUUUGAAAUUAAAUAUCUGACUUAUAAUUCUACCUUAUUUUUUCCCCACCAAGAAAAGCAUUUUCCAGUUUAAUUACCGGUACUUAAAAAAGCUACUCACUUUCAAAAUGCAGAUUCUUUUUCAUUAAUGGAAACAAAGUAUGGAAUCAUUUUUUCUUUUACUAAGUGCCAUGCUUUUAUGGAAGCCAUUGGGGAAAAAAACAAUUGAAUUACUUUAGCUAAACUGAUAACUACUUUUUUAAGGAGCUGGGGGGAGAAAGGAGGGGUCAGUUUGAACAAAGGGGAUGGUUCAUCGAAGGAUGUAUGUGGAAUGAAUAUUGCCUGUUAUAAAAAGUCCACACAACUGUGGUUGUGGCAGUGUAUUAAAUAGCUUAUUCUGGAUUUUUAAGACUCAAGAAAGUUGUUUUUUUUUUUUUUUUUUAAAAAGGGUAGAGUG